UCUUCUCCUUCCGGGCCGCCCUCUAUGGUCGGCGGGUUGGGGCGGAGACAAGAUGGCGGCGGCCUGCGUGUGGUGGCGGCGGCUCUGUCAGGGAUCAGCUUUUCCUGUCAAUUAUGCAAGCAGAAUUAUGCAAAAGCAGUAUUUUCUUCCAAACUCCGACUUGAUGAGAGUAAGGCUGGCUGGAUCCCAUGCUGAUACACAGGCACCUAAGACUAAUCCUUUGGUAUCUAUUUCAGAUGAGCCCGAAACACUGUACAAGAGAUUGUCCCUUUUAGUUAAAGGCCAUGACAAAGCUGUGCUGGACAGCUAUGAAUAUUUCGCAGUGCUUGCAGCUAAAGAACUUGGCAUCUCUGUUGAAAAAGUACAUAAACCUCCAAAGAAGAUAGAACGAUUGACACUUCUAAAAUCUGUACACAUCUACAAGAAGCACAGAGUCCAGUAUGAAAUGAGAACGCAUUACAUGUGUAUAGAAUUAAAACAUCUAACAAGCAGUACUGCUGCAGUUUACUUGGAGUAUGUUCAGCGAAACUUACCCGAAGGGGUUGCCAUGGAAGUAAAAAAGACUAAGAUAGAGAGAAUACCUGAACACAUUCAGAAACCAGUUUGGGAUACGCUGCCUCAGGUAGAAGAAACUGAAGUUAAGUCAUGAACCCACCAGGUACUUGGCUGCGUUAGCAAUGAAAUUACUUGCUCCUGUCAACCUAACUCACUGAGUCUGCUCUUAAAUAAAAGUUCUCUUAUAAAAUAAUUAUAUAAACUCUUGUUUCAUUGGGUUAUUCUUGAUCAUGACUCCAGUAUAUGCAUAUUGAACAACUAUAAAGGGAAGAAGUUUGACUGUACUCUGUGAUCAAGAACUAUGGUCAUCUGUAAUACAAUUGUAGAAAGGUAACUUUUGCUUUUAUAUAUAUAAUAAGUGUAUAUAUAAAUAUAUUUUUUAAAUCUCAAUUUCUUCUUUAUACUGAAUGGCUUCUGAAUUCUGAAAGACUUGCAAAAUCCACUUCAAAUUUGUGUAACGUUUCAUGUUAUGGAUGCCAGAUUGUUAAACACUUUUUGCUAUUGUUUCUUUGAAGUAACAGAAUCCUACGUGUACCUGCUGCUUUAUCUAUUGCCUUGUAGUAAGUCAAAAACUACAAUCUUAGGGCACUGAGGUAUAUUGAGGCUUUUCUAGGCUCCUGCAGUUCCAAUAGCCUCCUUUCCAGGUUUAGCAAUGCUUGCUAACAGGAGAACAUAGCAAUCACAGUACAAACCUGAUAACUCCACAGUCUUAUGUCCCUAACUUAAUGAAGUUCUUUUAGAACCGUGUUGCAAAGCAAACGGAUACCAGAAAGUGUCAGUGUGGAUGGGACAAACAGUGCAUUAAGUGUUUUAGUUCACUACAGGGGAAGGUAUAGCCUUUUUCUGAACUGGCUGGGUUGGUUAUUGUGUAAACCCAGUCUGGCUGGAUACUGCUUAAGCUUAGAGGGGAAAAAGAGUGCUCAACUGCUUUGCAGAUUGGUUCACUGUGAAUCAAAGGAGAUGAUACUGGGUGCAAAGCCAUCAUCGGCUUUACCUUCAGAUUGCAUUAAGCACUUCUGCCUUUACCAGGUUAACAGGAAGGACACAGUCACUGAGUAAGACGACCAGAGAGGCUGGAUCAUACUUGUCAAGAGCACUCAAAGGUUUUUACAAUUACAGAAGAAAAGAAUCCCAGUGUUAUUAUCAGAUAAAAGUGAACAAUCUUAAUGAGAGCUAGUUUAAAGACAAGAAACUAAGCUUGUGCUUGAAGAUUAUCUGCAUUUUCUAGCUGUACAGAGGCACAGAGCUGUUUUAGGAGGGACAUUUGAAAACAGUCAAUGUAGCUGGUACCACUCAUGGUAGAAAGUAAUCUCUGUGCACCUUCUACAAUAUGCCUAAAAAAAAAAAAAAAGGGAAAAGGGAAGUUAAUCAAAGCCUUUAUGGGAAGAUACACUGCCAAGCUCUCCC